AUCGAAAAUCUAUGUCUCGUCUUUAACACCGAAGCGAGCCUAGAAACCCUAGCAUCAGAUCGCCAUGGAUAUCCUGAAGCAAGAGUUGCUAAAGAAAAGGCAAAGUCUGUCGGAAGAGACCGGCGGACGGAAGGUAUUCAAGCGUUCAGAGAUCGAACAGAGACGAAUCCAAAAGCUUCGCGAGGAAGAGAAACGUGACGCCGAGGCCAAACGCCUCCGUCAAGAUCAGAAUCAAAACAAUUCUAACUCAUCUGAUCCUAAUUCUUCCUCCAACCCCAACUUUAAACUCGACUCUUCGAAGUCCAAACCUGAAUCAGGCGUCGGCUCGUCUUCGAAAACCCCAAUAAGUGACGAACAUAAGAUUGACGCUCUAAAUCUACCGAAACAAGAGGUUAUUCGUCGGCUCCGGUUCUUGAAACAACCAGUUACACUGUUUGGGGAAAGUGACGAUGAUCGGUUGGAUCGAUUGAAGUAUGUGUUGAAGGCAGGGCUGUUUGAGCUGGACGAUAGUGAUAUGACGGAGGGGCAAACGAACGAUUUUCUGCGUGAUAUAGUUGAACUGAAGAAGAGGCAAAAGUCUGGUCUAUCGAGUGAUCGGAAAAGGAAGACGACGGAUGAGUCGACGGAGGAUAAAGAUGGAGGGGGAGGUGAAGAUGAUGUUAGCGGAGAUGGUGGUUCUUCAGGUAUGGACCAAGAUAAGGAUUUCAAACGAAUGAAAGCAAAUUUUGCAGAUCUGUGUGAUGAGGAUAAGAUUCUUGUGUUUUUCAAGAAGCUGUUAAUCGAGUGGAACCAGGAGUUGGAUGAGAUGACUGAAACGGAGAAGAGAACUGCCAAAGGGAAAUCAACCUUUGCUACUUUCAAACAGUGUGCGAGAUACCUGAAUCCUCUGUUCAAGUUUUGCAGGAAGAAGGUUUUGCCAGAUGACAUUAGGCAAGCACUGAUGUUGGUGGUGAAAUGCUGCAUGGAACGAGAGUAUUUAGCAGCAAUGGAUCAUUACAUCAGAAUGGCAAUUGGGAACGCACCAUGGCCAAUUGGAGUGACUAUGGUUGGUAUUCAUGAACGUUCAGCUCGUGAAAAGAUCUACACCAACAGUGUAGCCCAUGUCAUGAAUGAUGAAACUACAAGAAAGUACUUGCAGUCUGUUAAAAGAUUGAUGACUUUUUGUCAAAGACGAUAUCCCACAAUGCCUUCGAAGGCAGUUGAGUUUAACAGUUUAGCAAAUGGGAGCGACUUGCAUGCACUCUUGGCUCAAGAACAAAGACGCACUGCAGCUGCAGCAGCCCAAAUCCAGGAGGAGGAGGAUCAAGAUCGCCUCCUAUUGAUGCCGCCACCCCCUAGGGAAUCAGAUUGAUAUUUGUGUAAUGUAUCUGCACCAAAAGUUAAAGGAUGAUUUCAUUAUGGUUAUGCUUUUUAUUUCUGUAUACA